UGUCCUCGGAACUUGGAGCCGCUGUAGAGAAGCGAGGCGAUAACACCGGGCUGGUGGGUGUUGAUCAAGGGAGGUGGGAUAAGCGAGGCCGAGGACUUGAAGGCCAUGGGGGUGUUACUGGUGUAUCCAGCGGGGACAGGCAUAGUUCUGGUACCGCGGGAAGGACACCGACCGCAGUCAGUGGCCGUCCGGGCGAUAUAUGUGGGAAGAUGGUACAGAGAGCACGAAUGAGGCGGCUCACCUACAUCCAAAUCCCUUCAAAUGUAAUACUUCAGGCACUCACACCAAGCUCCAGAAAAGUAAAUGGACUUCGUCGCGGGCGUCAUAAAACAGCAGCAUUCUCUUCUCUCAUUAGCCAAGGGAUGCACUCGUCUAAAAGCGCGCUGCUCAUUGGCUUAUUUAUCGCAACGCUAUCAAUGAUUUUUGAGGAUGUAGUCCUUUUCGCUCUGGCACUCUUCCAAUCUGUUUGAUUGUAUAACAAGAAUGGAACUACAUUUCCCAUGUAUCUGGGAAAUCGGUCAAACACGAAAGGUCACACAUGCGAUGCAGUGAGAGUUGUGCAAAUACGAUCGUAUUUCUCCAAAUGAUUCGUUUUAGAUCAGUCAACCUUCAACUACUCUUCGUCAGUCGUUUCUUAUAGCAACAGUAGUGUGUCCUGCAUUUUGAAAAGCGAUUCUAUCCGGCAUUCAUAAUACCUGUUAGCUAACGUUGUUAGUUCAGCUAGCCAAGUCAACUGUAGGUUUGAAUCCCACUUCAAUUGGGGAAACCUGUUUGUUAAAACAUCUCUGUCACUGACACGAUGCUGAGGAAUCUUGUGAGAUUUCACAAUUGUCUGGGGCAUGCUUUCUCUCCCCCCACUGUCUGCCCAAGAGGUCAAAUGUUGAAGCUGCUCUCUGUGAAAUCCUACUCCAUUAUCACAGAAAGAAAGAAAUUCUAUGAGGAUGUUAGCAUAUCCCAUGGAGAGGGUGGCAUGUUUGAGAUCAACCUGGACCGGCGGAAACUGAAAACACCAGGAGGAAAGCUGUUCACAGCCCCCAACGAAGCCUUGGCCAUUGCCGUGGCGAAUGAAUGGGAUACUCAGAAAGACAUUCUCAAGUUCUACAGCAUGCAUAUGACCACUCUCUGCAACACGGCCCUAGAUAACCCUACGUUCCGCAGCAAGGACCAAAUGAUCACUGCUGCCCUCAAGUAUCUGGAGACUGACACUAUCUGUUACAGAGUUGAGGAGCCUCCAUCACUAGUUGAGCUUCAGAAUAAUGAAUGGGACCCUGUGUUGAACUGGAUUGAAGACCGGUACAACGUAGUCAUUGGCUCCUCCACCAGUAUACUGGGGCCAGAGAUCCCACAGGCGACGAUGGAUACUUUCCGCCUGCACCUGGGUUCCUAUAACUUCUGGUCCCUGACAGGUCUGGAGUAUGUGAUCACCCAGCUGAAGUCAGUGGUGCUUGCCUUUGCUUUAAUAGACAAACACAUAACAGUGGAGCAGGCUGUGCUGCUGUCACGACUAGAGGAGGAGUUCCAGAUCGGGCAUUGGGGAAAUGUAGAGUGGGCUCAUGAUGUUGACCUGUAUGAGCUGAGGUCACGUACAGCCGCAGGGGCACUGUUUGUACAUUUCUCUUCUGAAAGUUCAACGGUCAAACGCAAACUCAUGCAAGACUAAGGAGGACAUUCAAUGCUUCCCUGAGUCAACAUAAACUCAGACAGGACUCUUAAGAGCAAAGGCAACAGAGGCAGUGUACUGGCCUCUGACUGGGAAGAAAUCCCAACUCCUUCGGACUUGUGUUUAUCUCUGGUUGUUGACCUUUGCGGAAUAAAAACACAUAAUAUUCUAUGUCAAUCAAUCAAAUGUAUUUAUGAAGCCCUUUUACAUCAGCAGUGUCACAAAAUGCUUCUACAGAAACCCGGCCUAAAACCCCAAAGGGCCUGGAAACAUGAUGUUCAAUUGCAUUCAAUUCUACAUCGGGCAAAAAUGUGCGUUUGAAUCAGGAAAGUUACAUUUCAUGACCUCUACAAGCCAGAAUAUUGAAUAAUAUAAUAUUUUUAUGUACUUUAGCGGUUGUUCCGUGCGGUAGGAAUGAGGAAAGUAUAAUUACAUCAACUUUUCAAAGCACUUGUAGUGCAUUCAGAUUUCUAUCACCUGACACAUGUUCACAAGAUAAAAAUACAUGCACGAGACGCAGCAAAAUUAAGGCAGUUAUUUCACAACACAUUAAGUGUGCCACUACUCUUCUACCAUACAGGCUACCUGCCUAGGAUACCUGUGAUGGCAGGUAGCCUAGCGGUUAGAGCGUUGGACUACUAAACAGAAGGUUGCAACAUCAAAUCCCUGAGCUGGCAAGGUAAAAUUAUAUUGUGCUAGUUAACCCACUGUUCCUAGGCUGUCAUUGAAAAUAAGACUUUGUUCUUAACUUACUUGCCUAGUUAAAUAAAGGUAAAAUAUACAUAAAUAUCUACAACACAAAAAAAUCAAGUUUGUAUGUGUAUCUCCUUGCUGUUCCAUAAGAUAAAUUUCAAGUGGUUAUUUAAAUCUGAUUUUACUGCUUGCAUGAGUUAAUUGAUGUGGAACAUAGUUCCGUGGCUCCAUGUAGUACUGUGCACCUCCCAUAGUCUGUUCUGGACUUGGGGAUUGUGAAGAGACCUCUGGUGGAAUGUCUUGUGGAGUAUGCAUGGGUGUCCGAGCUGUGUGCUAGUAGUUUUAAACAGACAGCUCGGUGCAUUCAACAUGUCAAUACUUCUCACAAAUACAAGUAGGGAUGAAGCCAAUCUCUCAUCUACUUUGAGAUUGACAUGCAUAUUAUUAAUGUUAGCUCUGUGUACAUUUAAGGGCCAGUUGUUCUGCCCUAUUAUGGGCCAAUUGUAGUUUUUCUAAGUCCCUCUGUGGCAUCUGACCACAUGACUGGACAGUAGUCCAGGUGUGACAAAACUAGGGCCUGUCGGACCUGCCUUUUUGAUAAUGUUAAGAAGGCAGAGUAGUGCUUUAUUAUGGACAGACAUCUCCCCAUAUUAGCUACUAUUGUGUCAAUAAGUUUGUACAAUGAGAGUUUAAAAUCCAGGGUUACUCCAAGCAGUUUAGUCUCCUCAACUUGCUAAAUUUCCACAUGUAUUCAUUGCACACGAAUAAUGAGUACAUGGCCUUUAAGGCCAGAUUGUUCUUCAAGAUGUUCAAACGUUCAUAGAUGUCCAGCAGGGUCAAAUAAUCAGUGAUUAUAGAGGGUGCAACAGGUCAGCACCUCAGGAGUAAAUGUCAGUUGGCUUUUAUAGAAAGAGAAAGAUGUGUAAUUUAAUUUCAGUAAAGAGGAACAGGCUUCUCUGACACUCAUUCCCUAUAAAGUACAACUUGGCAGCAGCCAAGUAUGAUGAUGGCCAUCUCUUCUACAGUUUGUUUUGAAUCAGUUGCUCAGUCAUCAGUGACUUUUGGGAACAUUGCAUGUUUCUAUGGAAACAGUGAGUGUUGUUCCUUCAGGGGAGGAAUGUUAAUUCCUUUUCCCCCUGUCUCAGCCCAGAUGUCUCUCUCACUCCCACUGUAUUAUGCUUAGUAGCUUGUAGCAAAGCUGACUUAGUUUUUCUGUUGCUUCAGUAAAAAUGUAAUUUAUCAAUGGGUCAAACUGACUAAAACAUGUUUAUUGUUACAUACACAGCUGUGACACACAUCACCAGGUUUUUUGUCAAACCACUUUGAAUCAAACCCUAAAUGCAUUAGAAUAAAGAUGUUCAGAAACACUGUUCUGUUA